AUGCUCAGUACUUUUCCAAUGUUUUCCGGAGGUCGCAUGGAACGCGAGAGAAAACCAAAGUGUGCCAGGUAUUUGCCAGAUUUAUUUAUUAUUUUGAUUUGAUUCUCUAUUACAGAUGCCGUAAUCAUGGUAUCGUUAGUUGGUUGAAGGGUCACAAACGUCACUGCAAAUUCAGGUGAGGGAAUUUUCAUUAUAGGUAAAAAACUAAAAGUCGGUUCGAUGAAUGACUGGUGUGAUGUAAACUUUCCUUCAAGCCUGAUUUACACUUUCGGAAAAAAACCUCAAAAAAAAAAUCAAUUACACCGACGGAUAUCAAAAAUGAAUCCGUCUCGAUAUAUUGUAACUGUUUUCUGAAUAAAGUUCUGAAAUUUUUCAAACCUUCAAGUUCAAGUUAUUCAUAUUUGACGUUCUUUUAAAUUUUUCACAGCAGCAUUUUGAUUUCUUUCAUCUCAGCCUUUUUUAUAACAGCUCUCUAUUCUAAGCAAAACCGACCGAAAAUUCUUUCAAAAGUCAAAAGUUACGCAACGAAUCAAAAACUUAUUGUCCUAAUCCUAUUUGAUGCUGCCUUCUCUUGGGUAAUGUGUACAAAACUCGCGGAUUAUCGCAGUCCUUCAACAGGCAGAUAGUGUUGCACGCAGCACGAUCGUCGCGAGGAUUACGGUAAUCCAAGCGGCAAACACACUUGAAGCCCUCAAGGCUGAGACCGCAGUGUGAAGCCCAAACAAGCCUAACACAAAAAUGUCCUUGUCGUGAUACCGCCAACUUGUGAGAGCGCCGCCGGGAAAAUCUCUCGAGAGUGGGCACAUUCUGAAACUCGAUAGAAGUGAAUUGUAUCCUUGGAAAAGCGAGCGAAGACCGGAAAUAGAGGGCAGCUUAUUAAGGGAAUGCGCCUGCGAGAAGUGCAAUCUGAUCGCCGAAAGACAACGAGUUAUGGCUGCGCAAGUGGCUCUCAAAAGGAAACAAGCCACGGAAGAUGCUAUUGCUCUAGGGCUCAGGUAAGGAAAAUCUCUUUCUCUCGAUUAAGAAUUAAUGUUCAGAGUUGUUGCCGGACAGACCUUGGACAGAUUGCCUCAAGGGCCAGUUUGGAAUACCGGAGAAGAAGAGGAAGAUGACGAAGAAGAAGGUAAACUUCUGUUUUCCUUCCAUUUGAAAGCUCUAUUCAAAUUAAGAAGAGAAGUCAAUAACUCCCACGUCAGAAGAGGCAGUUCCAACCAAGAAAAAGAAAGACGACGAGGUAUCAUCAACUUCAAAAAAUGUUACAAACGGAAAAAUCAAUUUGAGGAUUGCCGUCUUGGAAACUUCAGUCCCAUCGAAUUGCUCACAAUACUUUUUGAAGAGCAAGACAAACACGUACUGUCCAUCAUUUUAGAAGGUUUCAUCAAAAAAUAGGUUCAAAGAAAUGAGGGGCAAAUUUUAGCAUGCAAUGGCAACGUGUUACAAGCGAUUGAACAUUUGGCCAGCAUGAGAAAAGUCAAAAAUCAAGCUGCUUACAAGGUGGGAAACUUUCUGAACUCACAAUUAUUUUUUUUAGAUUUUUCCAAUCAAAAAAGAAAACGCAAUGAUUCUCCCUGAGCAUCUUCAGCCAACAGAAAUUCAAACUCCCAAACCAUCAUUCUCCAUGGAAACGCUGUUGCAGGUACUGUUCGAAUAGAGCGGCAAUAAUAAACAUAAACAUUUUCAGCGACCUCCGAUGGGAAUGUUUCCAUGGAUGUUGCAAUUCCCGAUACCCAACGCUUUGGAUUUGAGCAAAUCGAGCGAUUCCAACAGUACCAACUCAUUUUCCCCGAACGCUUCCAUUGACUGA